AUGCCUAUGAGUAGUGAAAUAGAUUCGUCUUAUGUACCACAACCGAUAACAAAACGUCAAAUUAUUUCUAAUGAACGAUAUAGGAUACUGAAUUCAUCUCCAUCUACCAAAUCGUCAGCAAGAAGUAACCAAACAAUACCGAGUGGUAAAUCAGGUAAACGGGUAUCACUAUCAGUAAUACAAUUCAAUAACAGGCAAAUUCCUGAAGUACCAAGUCACGAAAAAGGGAUAACAAGAAAAUGUUUACUCAUUACACUAGGUAUAUUAUCUGUUUGUGUGAUUGCUGCCAUUGUGAUUCCAAUUGCUAUUAUUUUCAGUCGUUCAACAGCUACAACAAGUACGACAACAGUAACAACAGUUGUUACAUCUGCUUAUUGGUCAUUUGAUAAUACAACCAACGAUUUAUACGGUGUUUAUAAUGGAGUGUUAGUCAAUGGUGCCACAUAUUAUACAUCACCUGGUAAUAAUUAUCAGGCAACACCGUUCACCGGCAACGGGCAAUCAUUAGCUCUGGCAUCAUCUCUUAAUCAAUCUGUUCUUAUAUCAAGUCCGUUUUUUAACUUAUCAUACACGAGUUUUACACUGGAGGCUUGGAUAUAUGCGACAACAUUGAGUGGUGAUAAUGAUAUAUUUGGUCAAUGUCAGAAUAUUUUAAGUACAAAUGGAUGUUUAUAUUUAAUUAUAAGAAGUGCUCGAUUAUAUAUGGGAUUUAGUCCCAAUUAUUUAACGGGUUCAACCAUUUUAACGAUUAAUACAUGGUAUCAUGUUGCCUACGUUUAUAAUUAUCAAACUUUACAGCAAAUUUUGUAUGUAAACGGCGUUCAAGAUGCAAUACAAUCAAGUGUUCAACCGUACACUGGACAAAACGGAUCGAUAACCAUAGGAACAUCGUCUAUACUCCCUGGAUCCAAUUAUUUUGUAGGUUAUAUUGAUAAUGUUGCUCUAACAACGCGUGCAAAAUCAGCUACUGAAUUACUUAGUGAUGCUACAAUGAUCUUUUACUUUUCUUUCGAUAAUCCUAAUCCAUCGUAUGAUAAUGGACCUAAUUUUUUAAACGGUACAGUAGCGAAUGUUGCCACGGUUAGUGGACGAGUGAAUCAAGCUUUAAGAUUUACUGGUUCAUCAUCUUAUUUUCAAAUGUAUGGUUUCUACAACUGGGGCUUUUAUACAAAACCAUUUAGUAUAGCAAUGUGGGUAAAUCCGAUAUCGCUUGUUGGUGGCACAUUGUUACAUUUUUCCGAUUUCAUUGGUGGAACUGGAUCAUGUGUAGAUAUCAUUGGCUUGACAUCAGGCGGACAGAUAAUGAUUCAGGCCUGGUACUCUAAUCUACCAGCUAUUGUUGGACCACAAUUAACGAUCAAUACAUGGACCCAUAUUGGUUAUACUUUUAGUACAACGAAUGGGAUCAUAUUGUAUGUCAAUGGUGUGAUGUAUCUUUCAACGCCUUCUACUGGAUUCUAUACCAGUGGUUACAUCAUGUAUAUAACAUUGGGCUAUAAUUUGGGCUGUUGUGGAUGUGGAAAUUUACCAAAUAUACCAUAUCAAGGAUCGAUCGAUGAGGUGCAUAUCUAUCGUAGAGAACUGAGCGCAACUGAAAUUGCGACACUUGCUAAUCCUUAA